GUUAUUUUGGGUGAUGGUUUUGGAAGUGUAGGAUCUGUCUGUGGAUCUGUAAACUAGGGUACCCAAAAAUUCUUGAUGAAUUUUAAGCGUUCCUCUGGUUUAGAUUACCUAGGUAGUAUUCGGUUAGCCUUAGGUAUAGGCUAGGCUACCUACUUUGAUUUCUGAAUAGUGCUUUAUACAGCUUAAAAGUUUGUUUGAGAUGAGUUGUGCGGGAAGCCACUGGGGUGAAUUUCAAGAUUCCCAAAGUAGUGGAAAUGAUGACUGGAGCCUUAGUCCCUCCGAUAUGGAGGAUUUACUUACUCCACUUCCACCUCAUCCAACGACCCCAAUGCUUCACCAGCCAUCACCAGAAGAGACACCUUCUUUUCAAAUAUUACCAGCUAAGUUCUGCCAAAGUGACCCCCUUGUGCUGCAAACAAUCCGACUUCUUCAGUAUCAGAGACAAGUUGGGCAGUUAAUAAUUAGAGCACAGAGUUCUGGCAUGGAUGGUGGCAGUUUGCCUUCAUGCCCCCCUCCUCCAGAAGGUCCAGUAUUUGAACACAAAACAAUGAAGCCUAACUUUCUGAACUUCAUACCACCUGAACGCACUCCAUUUACAAGCGGAAAAAAUCAGCCACAGUUACCAGAGGUGGAAGGGACAACUGCUCGUCUAAUUCUGAGGAAAGCAGUGGCAACAGUAUGUGCUCACACUGGUUUUACAGAUACCACUGAAAGUGUGCUUCGGUUACUCACGGACAUUACUCAUGAAUUUUGUUUAAAACUGACAUCUGCCUUACGAGCAAACACAGACAACUUACUUCUUACAGACAGAUGUCCAUUUCAUGAUGUUGUAGAACAGACCUUACAUGAUGUAGGAUUAGGCAGCAUGACUGAGCUACACAAAAUGUAUCGUGAGCGUGUCCUUCAAUACCAUGCGAGGGUGAGACUGGAGAGUGCACAGCUCUACAAUCAGUACCAAAAUUUGCUUAUAACUAGAGAAACAAGUGUGUCAACACCUGGUUCAAGACGCGAGAGCACAAGUGACUGGUGGCUUGAAGAGUCAGCAAGUCAGCACCUUGGUUUGUCAGGAGUUUCGCAACCCGGAUUGGAUGAUGCUUCUGUCCCAUCCAUUAAAAGUACUUCUAGUCUUGAUCCAGAGCUCUCAUUACAUCCAUUCUCAGUGCUUAGUCAGGUUGGAGCUGAUGGUGAGGAUGUGGUGCAAAAUUCACCUGUUACUACACACCAGUAUCAGCCUUAUCCUCUCACUCCUCGAUAGACACCUUUUCAUAAGGAUUGGUUUGUAUUUAAAUGUUGUACCUUGUGAUAAAAAGCUGAAAAUUCCACUUUCUAUUGUUACCUUAAAUGUUCAUUACUGCAGAAGAUAAAAAGAAUAUUUCAGGUCAAAACUAUGUUCCAUACCUUCAUCUGAAAAAUAAUGAGUACAGUGGACCCAUGCUUAUUCAUGGUUCCGGAUUCACAGAUUUUUCUGUGGAAUGUACUAUAUUCACACUAUUUGCAGAAAAUUCACCUAUUUGUGGAGUUUUUCAUUGAGAAACAUUCACUAAUUACUGUAUUUUCAUGACUUAAAUGCAUUUUUUUACAAACUAUUAAAAUACUUAGGUAUGUAUAAGUAUUUUUAAUUAUUUUUGUUUUGGAACUAUCAAAAUAGGCAGUUACAAGCAUUAUUAGAGGGGUGUCAAGUAUUUGUAGAUUUUAGCUAUGGGGGGUGUGGGGGGGUUGUGGUAUGCAUCCCCUGCAAAUCCCGUGGGUCGACUGUACUUCUUUUCUCAAAGGAAAUGGUAAACUGUUUGUGAAAUGGCAUUUAUUUUUCUUUUAAGAGCACUAUUUUAUUUUACAAAAGUACCAAAGACUUCUUUAAAAGAAAAAUACUUAUAACCAAGUUGAAGUUUUUGCUGAAAUUUAAAUCUUCAGAUGAUUAAAGUUUUUUAACGUAAUAAAUGAAAAAAAGGUGAUUGUUUCGAAGGAAAAUCCUGCUAAUAAAACACAGAGUAUUUCAGGCCUUUAUUUUCUGGACCUAUUUGUUUCAUAAAACAAUAUUUUUUAUAAGUUAUAAAUGUAUCUGAUGAUGUUAAAAAUCUUUCGGGUUUAUUUAACCAACACACAAAUAAUGCAAGAGAAAAGGUUUGAAAUAAAUAUUUCUUACUCAAA